AUGCAAGACGAUUCAUUUUUAGAAGAAAUGAACUUGGUACUGCCGAAAGACCGUAGGGGAAGAAAUUCUGUUCAUCGUGAAGAAAAAUAUAAUAACGUAACAACACGUCAAUUACAAUCACCAAUCGGUACUCCAACUUUUGAAAGAGAGGAUCUUGAAUCUGUUCUCCGACAGCAAAGACAGUCUACAGUUUCUCCGUCAGUUAUGUUGAAAACAACCAGUAGAAGAUCUAUCGAAACACUCUCGCCGAUUCUGCAUGUUUCAGAUCCACAUUUAAAACGCAAAGAAGAUUUGAAGGAUAAAAUGUCUCCUGGCACUAGAAAACAACCUAAAGACACAAAACACGGGUCGUCAUUGAAGAUAAAGUCUGACAAGAAAUUAAAAAAUGAAGAGAAAUUGAAGCCCGUGGAAAAUAUUGAUCGCUCUGUAGACACAUCAAAAGGAAGUUCGGUAUCGAAAAGUCGCUCAGUGUCCAAAGCAGCGGGAUCUAAAGAAAGCAGCAGAUUGUCCGAUGGAUCCUUCAAAGAAAACAGUAAACCUUCAGACUCUUCUGAAGACAUAAGCACUUCAGACGGUACUAAGGAGUGGCGACGUAUAACUACGGAUAUUAUUAAAAAUAAAGAGUUUUCCGAUGAUUGCGAGUCACUUGCGAUGCUGCUAGCCGUUAAAGAUAUUGUCAGUCAUUAUACCAAGGUCGAAAGCAAUAAAGUUAUGACGGCAAUGCAAGUCGAGAGCUCGAAAAUAAUGAAAAUGAUGCAAGACUUUUACAUCAACUCUCAGGCUAAUAUCAUUCAACAAUUUUUGCUCAUGUCGGAUGACUUGUGUGACAGUCGGCCGAUUAGUGAUAAUUCGCGUAUUCAAUAUCUAACUCAAGAAAAUAAACGGCUUCUUGAUAAUAUUACCCUUUUGAAUAACCGCAUCGAAGAAUUGCAGAAAAUCGCUGAUACUGUUAAUGAUCUUCGUAAAGAAAACAAAAUACUCAAAUCAAAAAUAAAAGAGCUUACCAAGUAA